GUGUGGUUUCUAUGCAUACAGAGUGCAGAUUAUGCAACAUAAAAACAUGAAGCAGCAAAGACGCGUUCUCAUAAGUGAUUCAAUUAAAAUUUUUAGUACUGUUGGGGCCUUUUUGCGAGCCCCUUGUGUGUGUGCCUUUGUCCGCAGAGUGGAGAACGCCUGCACCAAGCUUGUUCGGGCAGCCCAGAUGCUGCAAGCGGAUCCUUAUUCCGUCCCAGCUCGUGACUAUCUCAUUGACGGAUCGAGAGGCAUCCUCUCGGGAACGUCAGACUUGCUCCUGACGUUCGACGAGGCUGAGGUCCGUAAAAUCAUCCGUGUCUGCAAAGGAAUUUUGGAAUAUCUGACUGUGGCGGAAGUAGUAGAAACUAUGGAGGAUUUGGUGACAUACACAAAGAAUCUAGGGCCAGGUUUGACUUGCUGCAUGUUUGACAAGUAUCUAACAUCUCAGUCAGAAAUGAGGUUUAGAUUUGUACCUGUGUCCCAGGAACAUAGGGUUAUGCUGGUAAACUCCAUGAAUACUGUGAAGGAACUAUUGCCAGUACUUAUUUCAGCUAUGAAGAUAUUUGUAACUACAAAAAAUUCUAAAAGCCAUGGAAUAGAAGAGGCCUUGAAAAAUCGCAAUUUCACAGUAGAGAAAAUGAGUGCCGAGAUAAAUGAAAUAAUCCGUGUCUUACAACUCACUUCCUGGGAUGAAGAUGCCUGGGCCAGCAAGGACACUGAAGCCAUGAAAAGAGCUUUGGCCUUAAUAGAUUCUAAGAUGAACCAGGCAAAAGGGUGGCUGAGAGAUCCAAAUGCACCUCCAGGAGAUGCUGGUGAGCAAGCAAUAAGGCAGAUCCUUGAUGAAGCUGGGAAAGCCGGAGAACUGUGUGCGGGCAAAGAACGCAGAGAGAUUCUGGGCACGUGCAAAACACUGGGCCAAAUGACCGAUCAACUGGCUGAUCUCCGCGCUAGAGGACAGGGUGCCACCCCAAUGGCUAUGCAGAAAGCGCAGCAGGUCUCGCAAGGUCUCGACUUGCUCACUGCCAAGGUGGAGAAUGCAGCCCGCAAGCUGGAAGCCAUGACAAACUCUAAGCAGGCAAUUGCUAAGAAGAUCGAUGCUGCUCAGAAUUGGCUAGCAGAUCCUAAUGGCGGCAGUGAAGGAGAAGAACAUAUUCGGGGAAUUAUGGCUGAAGCAAGGAAAGUGGCAGAAUUGUGUGAAGAGCCUAAGGAAAGAGAUGAUAUCCUUCGAUCCUUGGGAGAAAUCUCUGCUUUGACAGCUAAGCUGUCAGAUCUACGAAGACAUGGAAAAGGUGACUCUCCAGAGGCCCGUGCAUUAGCUAAGCAAAUAGCGACAUCGCUUCAGAAUUUGCAGUCCAAAACAAACAAGGCAGUAGCAAAUACUAGGCCAGUUAAGGCAGCUGUCCAUUUGGAAGGAAAGAUUGAGCAAGCUCAAAGGUGGAUAGACAAUCCUACAGUUGAUGAUCGGGGAGUAGGCCAGGCAGCAAUUCGGGGCCUGGUGGCAGAAGGGCGUCGUUUAGCCAAUGUCAUGAUGGGACCCUAUCGUCAAGACCUGCUUGCCAAGUGUGACCGUGUGGACCAGCUGGCCGCUCAGCUGGCCGACCUGGCGGCCAGAGGGGAGGGAGAGUCCCCUCAGGCCAGGGCAGUCGCUGCUCAGCUUCAGGACUCCCUGAAGGAUCUUAAAGCACGGAUGCAAGAAGCAAUGACCCAGGAGGUAUCUGAUGUUUUCAGUGACACUACAACUCCUAUUAAAUUGUUAGCAGUAGCAGCCACUGCCCCUUCUGAUGCUCCCAAUAGGGAUGAGGUGUUUGAUGAAAGAGCAGCAAACUUUGAAAACCAUGCUGCCAGACUGGGAGCUACAGCAGAAAAAGCAGCUGCGGUUGGAACAGCUAAUAAAAGUACUGUGGAAGGCAUUCAGGCAACUGUGAAAUCAGCAAGAGAACUUACCCCACAGGUGGUAUCAGCUGCCCGUAUUCUCCUGAGAAAUCCUGGAAAUCAAGCUGCUUAUGAGCAUUUUGAGACCAUGAAGAACCAAUGGAUUGAUAAUGUAGAAAAAAUGACAGGAUUGGUGGAUGAAGCCAUUGAUACCAAGUCUUUGUUGGAUGCAUCAGAAGAGGCUAUUAAGAAAGAUCUUGAUAAAUGUAAAGUUGCAAUGGCCAAUAUUCAGCCUCAGAUGCUGGUUGCUGGUGCCACCAGCAUUGCUAGGAGAGCAAACCGCAUCCUCCUGGUUGCAAAACGGGAAGUUGAAAAUUCUGAGGACCCUAAAUUCCGGGAGGCUGUUAAAGCAGCCUCUGAUGAGCUAAGCAAAACUAUAUCCCCAAUGGUAAUGGAUGCAAAAGCUGUGGCAGGAAACAUUUCUGAUCCUGGUUUGCAGAAGAGUUUCUUGGAUUCUGGAUACAGAAUCCUGGGAGCUGUAGCCAAAGUCAGAGAAGCCUUCCAGCCUCAGGAACCAGAUUUUCCACCUCCUCCUCCAGACCUCGAGCAGCUUCAUCUGACUGAUGAGCUUGCCCCUCCAAAACCACCACUGCCAGAAGGGGAAGUUCCCCCGCCCAGACCCCCACCACCUGAAGAAAAGGAUGAAGAGUUCCCUGAGCAGAAGGCAGGAGAGGCCAUUAACCAGCCCAUGAUGAUGGCUGCUAGGCAGUUGCAUGAUGAAGCUCGCAAAUGGUCUAGCAAGCCUGAUGUGACUGUGAUUAAUGAAGCCGCAGAGGCUGGUGUAGAUAUAGAUGAGGAGGAUGAUGCAGAUGUUGAAUUCACUCUCCCCUCUGACAUUGAAGAUGAUUACGAGCCUGAGCUGCUGUUAAUGCCAACCAAUCAGCCUGUUAACCAGCCCAUUCUGGCCGCUGCUCAGUCUCUGCAUCGGGAAGCAACCAAGUGGUCUAGUAAGGGCAACGACAUCAUCGCGGCCGCCAAGCGGAUGGCGCUGCUCAUGGCGGAGAUGUCCCGCCUGGUGCGAGGGGGCAGCGGGAACAAGCGCGCCCUCAUUCAGUGCGCCAAGGACAUCGCCAAGGCCUCCGACGAAGUCACCCGCUUGGCCAAGGAGGUGGCCAAGCAAUGCACCGACAAGCGCAUUAGAACAAACCUCUUGCAGGUCUGCGAGAGAAUCCCAACCAUCAGUACACAACUCAAAAUCCUCUCCACUGUCAAAGCCACCAUGCUGGGCAGAACUAAUAUCAGUGAUGAAGAAUCAGAACAGGCAACUGAGAUGUUGGUUCACAAUGCCCAGAACCUCAUGCAGUCUGUAAAGGAAACGGUGAGAGAAGCAGAGGCAGCAUCCAUUAAGAUCAGAACAGAUGCUGGAUUCACCCUUCGCUGGGUCAGAAAGACUCCGUGGUAUCAGUAGGCACUUGCCACAUAAGUGUCGUAUUCUGUGACAUAAAAUGCCUUUUUUUUCAAAACAGGA